UUGUUUACUUUUACUUUUGCCCACAGAAUAUUUAAACUCACAUUUGCCGGCAAUAAUGGAAGUUUUGCGUAAGAAGCUAGAGGCCUGCUUGCUGAUACUGAACAGGAACAAUGCAGCAAAUACAAACUGGCUGAAUGAUCUGUGCGCCGUGCUAUUGGAAUUCGCUACCUUGGCCCACAGCUUAUUCUGCUCCCAGGGGGAGUCGGAGUGUUCGGAGCUGGUGUGCCUCUGCCUCAGCCAGAUUAUGAUCUGCAUUCGCCAGGUGGAGAGCACCAUGAAACUAGAAUGCGGCACCUCAGUCUCGGUAAGUCAUCAGUACUUUCUGGACCGCAUACGCUGGUGCCUGAAGCGCCUCAUGCAUCUCUACAGCGGAGAAUCGAGUGGCGAAGCAGUCGCUCCGGAGCGCUCGUUCCUUAAGCUGGUGGAUGGCGCGCUGGAUUGUUUGGCGCAGUUCACCUCGCACAGUGAGGAAAACAACGAUAUCUCCAACUGCCCGAAGACUCCACAGGAAGUCCUUCCCCUCAGCCAGAAGUUGCGCGCCAACAUUGAUUUGAUCUUGGGUCAAUCCCUGGGAUUUGCCAAUGUGGCUUUGUCGCAGGACAAGAGAGCUCUCAGUGCCUUGUGCCAAAAGGUCAUCCGCGAGUGCAAUGCCUUUCAGGAGGAGUGUAAGGAGUCUUCCAGUGCCAACUACCUGUCCACCCUCAACCUGCGGGCAAUGACCAUGGAACAGGCGAUUUACCAGUUGGAGGACUUUAUCAACGAUGCGCUUCUGCGCUUGGUAUUCACAUGCUUCCUGGACUUCGAGAAGUUUUCGGUGGACAAAAUUAGAGCGCUGUUGAGGAACAGCCCGGAUAAUGAUGAUCUGGCCGAUGAGUUCAUAGCGGACUUUGAUGUGAACAUAGAUCGCGCCACUCAGAUAGGCAUUUUUGCCAUUUCCUUUGCGCCCAACUUGAAAAUGAAAACCAUAAUGCGCAGCUGUCUGGCUUCUUUUGAGUCACUGGACACCACUCUGAUACCUUCUCUGCAGGCCCAUGGUUCCGAUUUGCACUCGGACAUCCUAGAGCAGCACUUCAACGAGGAGGUGGCCAAGUUCAAGGCAACGCUUCAGGAGAUCAUCGACAGCCGCGCCCUCCUGGGUUGUUGCCUGGAGAUUCUGACCUCAGGGAUAAGUGCAACGGAGAAGCUUUUCGAUAAGCAGCGAUUGGAGGACUUGGUCCAAAUCUCUUUGCUGCUAGUCGAGCACUUUCAGCUGGAAGUCAAUCGAAAGGGGCUAAGCGAAACGCAGAACCAAUUGGGGGAAGAGUACUACCAGCAGUUCAUCCGGGUACUGCGCGAGUGCAAGGCUAUUUUGAUGUGCGCAUCCCAGGUGGAGCCGCAGAGAAUCCUCAAGCGCUUCAAGAUCUUGCGCACGAUCUUGCGCAAACUGCACGGCUCCCUGGGAGCUGGUAAACAAGAGGAGGAACUUCCCAUUCUCCUGGCUCCCCUUCUAGCGGAUGAUACCAAGGGGUUAAAUGAAGACGAAACCAACUUCUCUGGCUUUAAAACAGACCGAGGCGGCAGUAUUCUCUACGACACAGAGCGUAGGAAUAGAGUAACUAGAAGAACGGACAACAAGCUACCCACAAAUACCUUGGACAUUAAAUCGGAAAAGACAAAACCCAAUGGAAAUGUGCUGAGAAGGGAAAGUUUACGGACUGUCAUGUUCAAGCGGCAGAAUAUAGCCGAAAGCAGAAAGCUAUACACCUCCAUGAGUAAUCAGUCCACGGAUCUACAAAUCACAGAUAUACUCGACCAACUCACUGGAAUGUCCAAUGGAUACUUUGAAUGCUGAAGCAUUUCAACCAUUUGUACAUAAUUUUUUACUUAGUUUAGUGUUUAAGUUCAUAUCACUUAAGAUAUUUUGCAAUUCAAACUUAACGUACGUCGCCACCUGAAUGUCAUAGGUCAGGUCAGGCAUACACACAAGCAUGUAUGUUCCUCGGGUGGCGGAGAGUGUCGCAUCGGAAACAGUUUAGACUGUUGUAAAAGUAGAGCAAUAGGUUCAAAUAAAUACAUUGACACAUA